CGCUCGAGCGGUAUCACCAAAAGAGCUAUUGUCACAUUAUACUUAAUUUUUGUUUGUUUGUUUGUUUUAUCCUGUUAAAACUGUCCAAAUGUGCAAACCCGAAUGAUGUAUGGAGAGUAAAGAUGUCUAUCUAGUAACGCACUUAAACUAGCUGGGUUUGUUUUGGGUUUAGAAACCUCAGGAGCUUGUUUGGUCUCCACCACGCUUCUUCUGGACUUUUUGUGCUCUUGAUUACAGAGUUCCCUCCUAUUACCUGCUGCCUGCUUGCCACCUCCUGUGCUUUGGUCUUCGUCCUGAACCAAGAUGCCAGCUGCACUUGCAGACACCAGUCAGAUCAUCUGCGAGGUCUGGGCCAGCAACGUGGACGAGGAGAUGAGGAAAAUCCGCCAGAUCGUUCAGAAUUACAACUACAUCGCUAUGGACACGGAGUUCCCCGGCGUGGUGGUUCGACCCAUCGGAGAAUUUCGCAGCACUGUCGAUUAUCAGUAUCAGCUCCUGCGCUGCAACGUGGACCUGCUGAAGAUUAUUCAGCUCGGCCUGACUUUCAUGAACGAAGACGGCGACUAUCCACCCGGGACCACCACCUGGCAGUUCAACUUCAAGUUCAAUUUAACAGAGGACAUGUACUCCCAGGACUCCAUAGACCUUCUGCAGAACUCGGGCCUUCAGUUCAAGAAGCACGAGGAAGAAGGGAUCGAUACUCUGUACUUCGCCGAGCUCCUCAUGACCUCGGGUUUGGUGCUGUGUGAAAACGUGCGGUGGCUCUCCUUUCAUAGUGGAUACGACUUCGGCUACCUGGUGAAGCUCCUCACGGACGCUCGGCUCCCGGAAGAGGAGCACGAGUUCUUUCAGAUCCUGAACCUCUUCUUUCCUGCCAUCUACGAUGUGAAAUAUCUCAUGAAGAGCUGCAAAAACCUGAAGGGUGGACUUCAGGAAGUCGCAGACCAGCUGGAGCUGAAAAGGAUCGGGAGACAGCAUCAGGCCGGCUCGGACUCGCUGCUGACCGGAAUGGCCUUCUUCAGGAUGAAAGAGUUAUUUUUCGAAGACAACAUCGACGACGCCAAGUACUGCGGGCGGCUCUACGGCCUGGGCUCGGGUUCUUCUCAGACUCAGAACGGCAUCUCCAACUCGUCGCAAGAUGAAGCCAACAACAAGCACUGACCUCCGACGCCACCACGCACUUGUUUUUAAAUCCCUCGGAGCAGAGAAGAGCAGAUACUGGGUUUAUUAUUAUUUUUUCUCCCUCCAUCCCUCAACCACAUCAGGACGGUGGAGAAAAACGAGCAGUUCCGCUCUUACACCCGGUCCUUUCACCCAAACAAACAGAAACGUCCCGUUACAGCUCUCCCGCGUAGCGGCCGUCUCCCGGCGCGUCAUUCCUCCCGGACAUUUUAUUCGUUUGUUUUACAGCAUUAAACAACUGAAACAAAUCUCUCUAUAUUUUUUAAGCACAGGACUAGCACCUCGUAUCUCACAGCUAACAAGAUCCACAGCAUUUUUAAUAUGCUCCACCAGCAGUUUGGCACAAUCUCGUUUCGGAUUGCUUUUCUUAAAUAAAAAAAAAAAAAAAACGAAAAAAAAACGAGGCUUGAAGAGAUCCGGUGUCGUACCUACAGGCAACGAGGAAACAUCUGUUCAGUGCUGUGAUAUUUUAAAUUAUGCUGCGAAGUAUUGUGUAUUAAAAUGUCAAACUUUCAAAGGAGCCAAUCUUUUAGCAUUUUUCCUAUGAAAGAGAAAGAAGAAGAAGAAAAAAAAAGUGUUUUAAAUCCGGACAUCUUUGUUAUGGAGUAAGGUGCAGGGAUACACUGGUUCUGUGCAGAAACGUCUUUUAAUUUGUCCACCAUGAAAUAGAUUGUUUGUGGUACGUGUUGUUUUUAUUCCAUCCGAUGUUUCAAACUCUUGUAUAUUAAAAUGUUUUCUAUCAAAA